CGUCACGCGACUGACAUAAUUUUUACUAAGAGUCGUAAAAAAUAAUAGGGUACUGUGAUCCCGCAGGCCCUGCGUCCGUUGAGCUUUAUUUUACGGACCUUCCUCUUCCGUGACUGAGUUGAUGGAUACGGCAAAAAGCGACUGACAUCCGAAGAAUGUUCAUGCAAAUUGAUUGGCUUGCCGGCCGAAAUAACGUAUUCUGAUUGGUUUACAAAAACUGACGACUUUGACCCAAUAUUUACGGUAUUCGAAGUGUGAUUCAGCCUGUAUUUUCUUAUAAUAAUUAAAGCUUUCAUAAACCGAUACCGUGUAAUUAAAAUUUCGGACCAAACGAAAGCAAUUAGGUGAGCUUUUUCGGACCAAAUGAAAGCAAUCAAAGGCUUUUCGGACCAAAUGAAAGCAAUCAAAGGCUUUUCGGACCAAAUGAAAGCAUGCAGGACUUUAUAAUGGGUGAUCAGGGCGUAUUGUUUCUCUUUUCGAUAGAAAGCAUGGCGACUUACGACAUGUUUGACCGAAUACGUGCUGAAAUGAGAAGUAAUAAUUUUUUGUAUAUGCAAGAAAUCUAUGAGAAAUCAUUAAAAAAAAUCAAAUCUUUGUGUCACAAAGAUCUUUACCAAAGCUUAAACGAUGGAACAAUAUCUCGAAAUUUUAAUGCAGAGGUUUAUUUUCCAAAGUUAUUGUGGAGGAAAGACCCAGGGAGUUCUGCAAUUGCUUUGUGUUCUGAAGCCACUGGGAAUUGUUUGUACAGCUCCAUGUCCCUGCUUCUUGUUGGCGACAACACACUGGUUGACGAGCUGCGACAUUUAACUUCGUUAGAACUUUUUCUUCACCCUGAGGUAUAUAGUAAGCAUCCUGUUUUAGUUUCUUGCUAUGAAAAACAUCAAGGUAAGUCAUUUAAAUCUUUUAAUUGUAUUUUACAUAUGAGCAUGUCUUUUUCUGCAACUGAAACUGGUGUAACACCAAUAGACUUUGUGAGAAAUGAAGCUGUUUUGAACUGUACUAACCAGACUUGGUGUAGUUUGCUGUGCAUGUUUGCUUUGUCUACGGUAACAUUAAAAAACAUCUUUUCCUAUUUCCCUGACUGUGGUGAUGAGAGAGAUAAACUUUUAUUUAACUGCAAAAUUGAACCCAUGUUUACAUCAUUAAACGAUAAAGUUACUGAUGCUCAUAUUUUGUUUUGUCUGCAAGGUGUUCAUGCAGAAUGUGGUCAGACUUUUAAAGCCAACCAUUUUGUGCCAGUAUUAUUUCUUCCUAAUGGUACCAAAAGGAAACUAAUUCAACAUUCCAAAAAAAUCUUGCCGCAGUCUAAAAAACCCUGUUUGUUCCCAAAAGAUGGGAAGGUACAAUCAAAGUUGUCGUUUUGGACAGACCAGCGCAGCGACAAACUUAUUUUGCCUACUUGUAAGAAAAAAGACUUACCCCAAAUAAAAGAGGAGCACAAAACUGUUGUUGAUGUUUCUUCCAUGCCUCCUUUUGCUGGUAGUAGUAAAGUUAAUUCAGAUACUGUUGUUUGUGAUAGUGCAUUGUCCAAUGCACCAGACACAACUACUAGUCAUCCUCUGUGUUCAUCUUUAAACUAUCCUCAAACUUAUUUUGAUGUCUCAGAUUACACAGAUAAAGUUUUUCAAAUAAAGGAUGAUCCAUUAAAAGUUCAUGAACUUAUCCAAAAUGUUUAUAAACCUGAUCAUUCUUAUAAAUUUCCGAAAACAAAUAGGUCUUUUCGUUUUGAGUGGUUAACAAAGUUUUCCUGGUUAUGUUAUUCACCCAAGGUUGAUGGAGCUUAUUGUCUGCCAUGUGUUUUGUUUGGACACAAGUUUUCUUCCAAAUUAAGUAAAAUUAAAAAACUGUUUUCUGAACCUUUUAAGUACUGGCCUGAUGCUUGUGCCAACUUUGUGAAACAUGAGUCAAGUACUGGCCUUCAUGCUUACACAUCUGCUACGUUUACUAGUUUUAUGGCUAACUAUUUUGGUAAUUCUCAGCCGAUUGAUGUGCUUCUUGAUACUAACCAUCAGAAGAAAAUUACUGAGAACAGAAAGAAAUUGAUACCAAUUGUUCAGGCCAUUAUUUACUCUGGUAGACAAGGGCAUGCUUUAAGAGGUCACCGUGAUGACUCACAAUAUCAUGGUGAAUUAGGAGAAUUUUCUGGUGGUCGGGUAGGAAAUUUUGUUGAACUUUUGAAUUUUAGAGUACAAGGUGGAGAUACAGCUCUUGCUGACCAUCUUAAAACUUGUCCCAAAAAUGCUACAUACAUUUCUAAAACUACCCAGAAUGAAUUAAUCAACUGUUGUGGAUCUGUAAUUUUAGAUGAAAUAAUCCAAGAAGUAAAAUCAAACACUUUCUUUUCUAUUCUGGCAGAUGAAGCUGCUGAUUUAUCUAAUAAAGAGCAAAUGUCCUUAGUUUUACGUUUUGUUGACAGUAAUUUGAAUAUACGUGAGGAGUUUGUUCAAUAUAUUCAUCGUGAUGAGGGGCUGGCAGGUAAAGACUUGAAGUCUGUUCUCUUAAAGUCACUUCAUAACCUGACUUUAAAUAUUAAGGAUUGUCGGGGUCAAGCAUAUGAUGGUGCAGGUGCUGUUGCUGGGUAUAAGAAUGGACUUUCUGCCCAUAUUCUUAAUUUAAAUAAAAAGGCUAUAUAUGUUCAUUGCAACAGUCAUCGUUUAAAUUUAGCAGUUGGAAAAUCUUGUACAAUCAGCUUAGUUGCCCAUGUGAUGGCUAAAAUAAAACACAUUUCCUAUUUCUUUAACUAUUCUCAAAAAAGACAGCAAUCCCUUAUGAUUAACAUAGAUAAAUAUAGUCCGACUUCUAAAAAAACUAAAUUAAAGGAUGUUUGCCGUACUCGGUGGGUUGAACGAAUUACUGGUUUAGAUCUCUUUCAAGAGUUAUAUGUGCCUAUUUAUAUUACUUUGGAAGAGAUGAAAUUAAACUUAAAUCGGCAGUUCAAUUAUGACACAUCAAAACAAGCUGUUGGUUUUUUUCACCAAAUAGCUAAUUUUGAAUUUCUUGUCACUCUGGUGAUCACAAGGAACGUAUUUGACAUAACACUUCCAGUUACUCAAUUGCUACAAAAUAGAACAAUUGAUGUUAUGGACAGCAUAGAGCUUAUUCAAACAUUAAAAAAUGUUCUCCUUCAAACCAGAAAUAAUGUGGAACAUUUUCAUGAUAGGUGGUAUGAGGAGGCUCUUUCUCUUUGUGAAAAAGUAGGAAUUGUGGAGGAGAAGAAAAGGACUGUUGGAAGGCAAACCACAAGAGAUAAUCAUCCUUCUUUUUCAACUUCUGAUUACUAUAAAAAAUCAGUUACUAAUCCUCUUUUAGACCAUUUAAAUAGUGAAAUGAAGAAUCGUUUUCAACUGUUUUCUCUAAAUGCUUAUAAUGGCCUAUGCAUUGUUCCAGCAAAAAUGGUUUCUUUGAUUUCUGGAGGUAAAACAAACUGGAAGGAGAAAUUCAAGUCUUUUGUCUCUUUCUAUGAAGAUGACCUUCCAAAUAUACUUGGGCUUAAUGCUGAAUUAGAAAUUUGGGAGAAGUAUUGGAUUGAUUUUAAAGGAAAUAGACCCCAAACUAUUGCUCAAACGUUGAAGUCUAUUAAUCUAAAUGUCUUUGUUAAUUUGCAUGUGGCCCUAAGAAUUUUAGCCACUAUUCCUGUCACCACAUGUGAAUGUGAACGCUCUUUCUCUGCUAUGAGAAAACUUAAAAAUUAUACUCGCACUACUAUGGUAUCUGAACGCCUCAACGGGCUAGCGCUUAUGUAUAUUCACAAAGAAAUAGUGCCAGAUGUUGAUAAAGUUUUAAAUAAAUUUGCUAAAGAUAAAAGAAGACUUGAAUUAAUAUAAAUUUUUCCACUAUACAAUCUAGAACAAAUUAAUGAAUAAAUAAAUAAAUAAUUAAAUCUUACCCACUCCUAAUUGAAAAAAAUAGUAACCAUUUAUAUAAAAUAAAUUCCCUUUCCUCUUGUUUACGUUGUGUCUUUAUCUUUCUGCAGGUUCAGCUUGCUCCGGCUGAUAGUACCUGUUCUAGGAGCCCCCUGUCAGGGGCUUUAAUAACUUUCUAUUUUUAUAUCAAUUCCUUUUCUUUAACCCCCCCCCCCCUUUUCCGAGUUCGGCUUGC